ACUGAUUGUCUUUUAUUCUGCCGAUUUGUGUUUCAGCACAUGUUCAUCGAUUUUCGUGGAAAUUAGGAAAAGUAAAGUAAAUUCCCUAAUAAAAUGGGCGCUAUAGCAAGCAGAUAUCGUGUAUCGAACACGGGACUCACUAGCGUCGAUGUGCAAAAUAUAGAAAAUGCCAACAAACGCGAAAAUCCCGGAACAUUGGAUGAAUUGCACAAAAAGACCAAAGAAGUAAUGCCAGUCAACUUCGAGGGAGGCAAGCUAAUGGUCAACAAAGCAAUGUCUAAUCAUUUUCAGAUGUCCCACACCCUGACGAUGAGUUCAAUGCAGAAUGGCUACAAGUUGGGUGCAACAUACAUUGGAACAAAGCAGAUCUCUCCCACCGAAGCGUUUCCUGUCGUCCUGGGUGAUGUAGAUCCAGCUGGAAAUGUCAACUUUAAUCUCAUACACCAGCUAACACCUGAGAUAAGAUUAAAAGGAGCCGCUCAGGUCCAAGAAUGCAAGCUAACGGCAACACAGGGUACGUUGGAAUAUAAAGGUCCCGACUACACAUUGGCUCUCGCUGCCGGGAAGCCUGACUGCAGUGAAAAAUCCUCAGUGUUCGUAGGACACUACCUUCAGUCAGUCACCCCACGGCUGGCACUGGGAGCGGAGCUCGUGUAUCAGUCAAGUUCACGUAUCGCGGGCGGCGAGAUAGCUAUUGCAUCAGCGGCUGCAAGAUACACAAUGGACGAUUCUGAAUUAUCAGCAACAAUGGGAGCGGCCAGCCUCCACGUGUGCUAUUUCAAACAAGCUAGUGAACAGUUACAGGUGGUAGCUGAAUUAGAAACAUCCUUCAGAUCAAUGGAAUCAGUUGGUACAGUCGGCUACCAAGUCACCAUACCAAAAGCUGACCUGGUCUUCAGAGGUAUGGUAGAUUCUAAUUGGAAUAUAGGGGCUGUGUUAGAAAAGAAACUCCAGCCAUUACCAUUUACAUUUGCACUGUCUGGUAUGGCGAACCAGGCAAAACAACAAUUCAAGUUUGGUUGUGGACUUAUCAUCGGUUAACAUAUAAUAAUUGUGAAUGUGAUGAGUUCUGUGUUUAGUGAUGCUGUGGUAACUCAAGAUAUUUCAAAUGUUGCGUAAGUACAGUAUUUGCUUACUGUCAAUGUUAAACAGACAUUAUUGGUUUAAACUUCUCCUAAAAUAUAGUAUAUUAUUAUAUGAAGGCACGCAGUCUAUGAACGUGAUAAAUACAGAAAUAUAUUGAAAGGCAAGGAUGUCAUUAAAGUUGUGAUAACCCAUUCAUUACGUCUACGACUGCUCAUAAAAAUUUGAGGUAUAAUUCCUUACAUGUCUAGAUGACUUACUUAACCUUAUCACAUGUCUGUAUCGAGAUCCAUAAAUUUUAUCCCAUACUGAGUUCCAUAUGCCCAUCAAGAAUAUACUGGAAAAUUCUAUGCAAGAAAUUGAUGUGCACUUUAGAUUAAUUAUAGAUAUGCAAAAGACACAAAUAAGUGCUUGCAUCAAAAUAUUACAAUGCCAUCAGAUUAAACGAUUUUUUUGAGCGUAGCUAUGAACGGGUCAAAGAAACACUGCAACGUUAAUAACAUGUUGCGUUUGUCUUUUCAUUCUGUAUUUAAAGUUUAAAACCAAUUUUGACAUAGACCAUGUUGUUAUAACAAAUUUAUGAAUCCUAAAUAAGGUUUGAAUAAGUAUAAUAUACAAUAAAAGAGAAUAUAACAGUUGUAUAAAAGACCAUACUUGUCAAUAGCUUUAAUUUGUUAAUAGUUGCAGCAAUUAAUAUGAAUGAUAUACAGAUAUAUUUGUGGAAAGUAUUUUCAAACUGUGGCUUAUACAAAUACCUGUAUUAUAGAAAGAUAUACAAAAUAUAUUUUCUUGAGUUUUUAAUCCAUUCCGCAUCACUAAUAAAAUUUAGUAAAUACUGAAUGAUAAAGAAUAAUUGACUUGUGUUGCAUAUUGAAAUUAAAAUUAAAUGUUUGCAAUAUUUUUAAUAUUCUAAUGUUGGAAUGGUAUCCAAUGAGUAUAUAAUUUGUUCAUUACCAUUGUCAGAUCAAGCUAUAAAACUAGCCAUUCUACAUAGAAAACACAUCCAAUAACAGCCAAAAUCUCACAGUUGGCUAAAACUCUCCAACCCUAGAAAUUAAUUAUUAAAAAAUUUUUUUAAUGACAACUAUCGAAAUUGCAUGUGUCUGUGUUAAUCUAAAUUUGAUAAUUCAAAAUGCUAAGUCAAAACGAACUUAUCUUGUGGUUAAAUUUCUAUAUUAUAUUUAAUUGCAGAUAAAAAAAUCUAUGUUGGAUAAGUACAAUACCAAAGUUAUGAAAGAUUUAAUUUUAUCUCUUUAUAUAAAGCUGCAUCUCCACAAAUGACAACACUGUCAACAUGCAUUGGUGACAAAUGUUUUUGUUACCGUUUUAAGUUGUUAACAAUAUUUGUUUCAAUGUUUGUGUAACUGUUGAUGACUUUCUGUGGAAUCAAUGAUAUUAUUUCUGAUGAAACGCAACAUAAGCUUGACUUAAAAGUUUGUUAAACUUUACAAAUAACUGGUAAACUAUUAACAUAAACCAAUAGAAUCUAAUAUCACAAAUUGAUAUUUACGUUAAUUCUGGAAUUGUUUGUAUAAUUUUUUUCAUAUUUUAUAAUAAUAUUAAAUGGCUAUUGUUUUGCACCAGAACAGCAUUUAUGGUGGGACACUCUAGGGACAUUUUUAGUAUUUAAUCUUUCAUUUCAUUUUAAUUAAAGUGAAUGCAUCAUUUAAUUGUUGCAGUUAUUGUGUCAAAGAUAAUAUAUAAAGUAUUUAUAAUGAAAAAAAUGUCUCCAUUUAUAUAUUUUAAUUAUAUUAUAUGUUAUAUGAAUAAUUUCCAACUAUGGACUUUGGGUUACUGUCGAAUAUUUUUUUUUUAAUUUGAAAUUACUCGGUAUAUAAAAUACCAUUAUAUUUUAAAUUAACUUUGAUACAUAUACUAUAUGUCAGGAUAUAUAAUACUAUCUUUAUUUUGAUAAUCUUUCUGAUCUAUUCUAGGUGAGUAUCAUUUUAUCAACGAGCACUGCAAUAUAUAUUGUAUUUAUGGAUUCCUAGAGUGAUCUGUCAGUAAGACAUUGACGUCCGCAACAAAGCAUUAAAAUAUGAAUAGAAAUAUGUAGUAUGAGUGUGUAGAUAUAUGGUGGACUGUAUAUAAAGCCUGUUGUUAAUCUGUUUAUUUUAAUAGAAUUAUGUUAAUAAAUCAA